AUGCUUCUGUAUAAUAUAUGCAGCUAAUUGAGCUCCAACCAGAGCCAUGGGGAGUACCCAGACUGCCGCAGUGAGAGGGAGUCGGGAGGGGAGGCGUCUCUCCUGGUGUCUCCGCUGGUGGUGGCGGGGAUCGUUAUAGGUCUGGUCCUCUUCCUCUCCUGCAUCACCAUCAUCGUCGGCAGCCUGCGCAAAGACAGCCGACUCCGAAACCCACACCUCCGAGCUAGCUACGGACCAGAUGGUUUUUCCUAUGGAGGUUCAGUGGGAGAACUGAGGUCCACCUGCUUAGAAGACUUUCCUCCUGGUUUAGACUUUGACUCAUACAGAGAGACUCUAUCGCAGGUCAACAACCUGUACCCAGACUCACCUCCACGUUACGAUGAGUGUGUUGGCCCCGGUUCGACUCAGAUCUACAUACCUACAGAUGACCCGCCUCCCUACUCCCUACUGGAUCCAUGUCAGAGAGGGCCAGGGCAGGACGAGCAGCCGAGCUACACCAGUCCGGAUCCAUACUGCGGAGAGACCUCAGCCAGCGCUGGCUGGCUCUCCCCCGCCCACUACCCGCUGGGACUGCAAGAGCAAGAGCAUCACCACAUCGCGUCCAUCUCCUUCCCGCUGGAGGCGGCACCGCCCUAUGAGUCUGUGUUGGCCGAGCAGGGACAACCCCUCCCUCUCAUGCCAUGUGACUUUUAUAAACACCAGUCAGAGAGGGGGGGCGAUGGCAGCUCCCAGCAACCAGGGGCAGGCCAGAUCUUGUAG